AUGGGCAAAUCUAGAAUUACGGUGCUUAUCUCGGGCUCAGGAUCCAAUUUACAGGCAUUGAUCGACGCUCAGGCCGAAGGCAAGCUGGGAAAUGCAGAGAUAGUAUCGGUUAUAUCUUCUAGUAAAAAAGCCUACGGCCUGACGAGGGCUAGUAACGCCAAGAUUCCAACCAAAGUACAUUCGUUAUAUCCCUACACAAGAGACAUCUCGAAGGAGAACAAGGAGAAGCGUGCAGAGGCAAGAGUUCAAUUCGAAAAAGAUUUAGCAGAAUUAGUGCUCUCCGAUAAACCAGACUUGGUCGUCUGUGCGGGAUGGCUACUGAUCUUGGGUCCCGAGUUUUUGUCCUGUGCUAAGAGCGUGCCAAUCAUCAACCUACACCCAGCCUUGCCCGGUGCAUUCGAUGGAACGACUCAUGCAAUUGAGAUGGCCUGGAAGAAAGCACAGGAAGAGGAUAAACCAUUUACUGCUGGUUGCAUGGUGCAUUAUGUGAUCGAAGAAGUGGACCGCGGUGAACCACUGCUUAUUAAAGAAUUGGAAAUUAUUCCAGGGAAAGAGACUUUAGAUGAGUACGAGACAAGAGUCCACGAAGCUGAGCAUGUAGCAAUAGUGGAAGCUGUUGUUGCCGCCCUUACCAAGAUCUAA